AUGAAUGCAUCACAUACAGAGUUUAUUGAAAGCUAUGUUGAUUAAAGUAAUAAUUUCAGUAAAAUAAAACAAAUUGAUAAAACUGUAUAAAAUAAUGGAAUACAUACAAAACAAUAAUCAAUGCUAAGAUACUUAGUUUUAUUUUUGUCUAUCUGGAUAAUCAUUCCUUCAUUUUAUUGCUUUGAUUAGCCAGUAGCAAUAUAUAAAACCCUAAAAUAAUUAUUUUAAGAAGAUUCAACCAUAAAUUUUGAUUUGUAUUUUGCAUCUCUCUACAUAAUCUAUGCUUUUGGAAAUGCCUUUUUGCCUCUUUUAACAGGUGGAAUGAGAGAUUGUCGAGGAGAUAGAAUUGUUAUGACAUAUAUAGUAGGUGUAAAUAUUAUUAAUCAAUUUAGCUAUUAUGAUAUUGGGACAGCUGACUUUUACUAUUGGAGUUUAUUUUAAAUCAUUUUUAUUAAUGAUAUUAGGUAGAUUACUAUUAGGUUGGGGUAUUGAGUCAUUAUUACCCUUAUGGUCAUCAUUUUUGGCUCCUUUUUUUAAGAAUAGCAUUGUAAGAUUGAAUUAAGUAUAUAGUCAAUAGUAUUGAGUAUUCUCCAACUCUUUUCAUAAAUUGGUUUGGUGUUAUCUAUAUAUUUAACUCCAAUUAUUUAAAAAGAAUAUAAUUUAAUAAUAUCCUUAAUUAGUGGAAUAGUUUUUAUUUUAAUUGGUUACAUUUUAUUGUGCUUAGGCUUUUUAAUUGACAAAAAACUUGAAAAUGAAAAUUAUUUAUCUUCUUACAGAUAGCUUUAACCAAGCAGUGAUAUCAUUUUAACAGAAGAUACAAAAAUAAUCAAUAAGUUUUAUUUUUUUAAAUUCAAAGAUAUAAAAAUAUUUCCUUAAAUGUUUUGGUUACUUUUAGCUUUUAAUUCAGCAUUCUAUUGUUCGAUAGUUACACUAGUAAAUGUAUCGAUGUAUAUUAUGGCAUCCGUAUUGUUUGAUAUCAAUAAUCAAAUUGAAGAGUUAGAUAUUGCAUUAUUUUGGAUGUUAGGUUGCUUAUCCCUUUUUAUAAUUGGUCCUUUGGUUUAAUAUUUUACUUAUAGAAGAUACUUAAUUAUCGUUUCAGUUAUCAUUAUUAUUAUUGGCCAUAUAUAAUACUUAACUUCACCUCAUAUAGGCUUAACUAUUUUAGCAAUUGGUUAUUGUUUAUCGUUUGUUUGUACUUGGAGUGCAAUUAUCUACAUUAUAAAAUUAAAAUCGUUUGGCAAAGCUUUUGGUCUCACAGUGGGAUUUUAAAAUUUAAUUUUUGUGUUUAUGCCUUUUAUAUUAGAUAUUGUAAACAGAAACAUUAUGGGCACUUUUAAAGUAUUAAUUUCAUUUUCUUUAUUUGCUUUAAUUUUGGCAAUCCAAAUUUUAGUUGAAGAUAUAAGAUGCUUCAAGUAAAAAUUAUGUUAAUUUCUAGCAUUUUAGAUAAUAAAUUAGCUCCUAUGUAAUUUCCAAAAAUAAACAAUGCAAGUAAUGAAGAAAAUAAUAAUAAUGACAUAGAUUUAUUUGCAGAAUAUUUAGAAAAACCUUAAUGA